GAGUCACCAAAGUUCCACGCUCAGCCAAAUAUGACGUCAUCCAGCUACAUCCAGAUACCAUGUCACUCUGUGGCCUAUGCAUUGGUCAGCCUGCCAUCCUCACGCAACCGACCCCUGCAGCUAAUGGAGAUCAGUCCAAGUCCAUCUGCAUCGUAUGGCCUGCCACAAACUUGCCUGUAGGAUCCGUUGGUAUCCACAUGAGUCUUCAGAAGGUCCAUGGAUGGAGUGAAGGAAAUAUGGUCAAGGUGGAAGCUGUCUCUGGGAGUGUGGCAGCAGCUACUUCAGCAACAGUUCUUGUUAGAUCUUAUGAAAAUCUAUCUACAAUGCAAUCUUCAGAUUUCCAGAACUUUGCUUCCAGUUACUUGAACUGCAAGCACAUUAUGUGUGGGAGCUUAUUCAGCCUCACUUACUAUGGCAAGCCGGUUGUUCUAGAGGUAACUAAAAUCACUGCACAAACAGGUGCUGAACCGUCUCGUUUGGACCAGUCAUCUAUGACCACCCAAUCAGCUGAGAGACUGAUCAAUGAUCUUGAGAGAACUCGAGCAUCAGUGUCAAGUGAUGCAAGAAGUGCAACAUCACACCUGAAGAGGACAGACAUCUCUAAUUGCUCCUUUACAAACAAUGAUGAAGGAUUAGUUGAUACAAAUACAUCAACAAGUAGUGAUGGUGGUAUAAUUACAAAUUCUAGUAAGAUUGGCGCAGCAGAUUUCAGUUGUUCCAUGGUUAUAGAUUCUGCAAGUGACUUGGAAAAGGAUUUCAGUUCUUUAAAUUUGUCAGAAUCAAGCAGUAUCAUUGCAUCUUCAACUCCAAAAAGGACGCCUGGUUUAUCUCAAAAGCCAUCACUAGAGAAAACAAGAGAUUCUUACUCAAGAAGUCAGUGUGCCACAGAGGAAUCAGGUGUGUACAGGAUCACCAAGACAACUCACAUAGAGAUUGUAACCUCUGAGCAAGAGGAGAAGAAAUGUUCAGAUCAAGAUGAACUUAUCACUAAACUAGGCGGACGUGUGACCUUUGACAUGAUUGGAGGCAUGGAGAGACAAAUGAAGAUGAUCAGAGACAUGGUGAUGAUGCCGCUCAAAAGUCCAGAAAUAUUUGCUUCUCUUGGUAUAUCUCCACCAAGAGGCAUUCUACUCUAUGGUCCAUCUGGUGUGGGUAAGACCAUGCUUGCUAGAGCAGUAGCGUUUGAAUCAGGAGUCUACACAGUUAUCAUUAAUGGACCUGAGGUACUCAGCAAGUUUUAUGGUGAGUCCGAGUCAAGACUAAGAGCCAUGUUUGAGGAAGCCACUAAUAAUGCACCUAGUCUAAUCCUGAUAGAUGAACUAGACGCCCUUUGUCCUCGUAGAGAGAGGGUGAAUAGUGAGCUAGAGAAGAGAGUUGUCUCAAUGUUAAUCACUUUGAUGGAUGGAAUAACACAGAAUUCACCAUCACAUAGUCAUGUCCUUGUUCUUGGAGCAACAAGUCGUCCUGACUCCAUUGACACCGGCCUUAGGAGACCGGGGAGGUUUGAUCGCGAGAUUGAAAUAGGUGUUCCCAAUGCAAGAGAAAGAAGACAGAUACUUGAGAAAUUGACAAGUAAUCUAUCACAUAGCUUGACAGCUGAUGACCUGACAAUGAUAUCUGAUUCAUCUCAUGGUUAUGUAGGUGCUGAUCUAACUGCAUUGUGUAAAGAAGCUGCAAUGUGUGCUUUUGAGAGACUGCAAACCUUGAACCAAGAUGUAGUAAAUGGGAAUAGCAUGUCCUCAGGUACAAUCAUCAAGGAAGAUUUUCUCCAUGCUAUGACCCAGGUCAAACCCAGCGCUUUGAGGGAAGUUGAAGUUGACAUACCAAAGGUGUAUUGGUCAGACAUUGGCGGACAGGAGAGCAUCAAGCUCAAGUUACGUCAGGCUGUGGAAUGGCCUAUUAAACACCCAGAAUCCUUUGCAAGGCUUGGUGUGUCCCCUCCUCGAGGAGUUCUACUCUAUGGUCCACCUGGUUGUUCCAAGACCUUGAUAGCUAAAGCCCUAGCCACAGAGAGUGGCCUGAACUUCAUCUCUGUAAAAGGCCCAGAGCUCUUCAGUAAGUGGGUAGGAGACUCCGAGAGAGCUAUCAGAGAGGUGUUCAGGAAGGCGCGGUCAGCAGCUCCAGCUAUUGUCUUCUUUGAUGAGAUAGACGGCAUUGCAGUGGAGAGAGGAAGCUCUUCUGGAAGCAGUUCUGUUGGUGACCGGGUUCUUGGUCAGCUGCUUACUGAACUGGAUGGGGUAGAAGGUCUGAGAGAUGUGGUGGUUGUAGCUGCUACCAACAGACCUGAUAUGAUAGAUAAGGCACUCAUGAGACCAGGUAGAUUGGAUCGUAUCCUCUACGUAUCAUUACCGGAUGAGCACACUCGGAAAGAAAUCUUUAACAUUCAAUUCAGGAAGAUGCCCAUAGAUGAAGGCUGCUUGGUUGAAAUGCUCGUCAAACAGACAGAUGGCUACUCUGGUGCAGAGGUAGUAGCGGUGUGUAGGGAAGCAGCAUUAUCAGCAAUGCAGGAGAGUUUGGACAUCCAAGCGGUCAGUCAGAGACACUUUGACCAAGCUUUGACCAAUGUGAAACCCCAGACAACCCAAGAGAGCAUUCGGUUCUAUGAGGAGUACCAGAAGAAAAGUGGCCUUCACUCUGCUUGAUGAUAUGAAAGCCAUCCAUCCAGUGGUCAUUCCACUUGAUAGUCGCCCGUCAACAACAUAAGUCACUUGAUGUGAACAUCAUCCAGCAUGGUGAGCAGUUAUGACUGACCAAUGUGAUGGCCAUACAGAGUCAGCUGUCUUCAGCCAAAAUACCAGCUCAGCUCAGGUACAAUGUAGGUUAGAUGUAUCCUGAAGUUUGGUAAGAGCCACAAGCCUCAAGAGACCUAAAAUAAUGUAUUUAUUAGCUAGAAAAUAUUUGCAAUCAAUUUCAUUUUACUGAUAAAUCACUUGUAGCUGUAGCAAAUCUGUUUUCACUUUGUAUUGCAUGGUGGAGAUCAGCAGUCUAUUGCAAAUUUCCAUUCAAUUGAAAAAAAGCCCAUUUUAUUGAUUUCAAUUUCAAUUUCAAUUCAGCAUUUAUUUCCAAAUUCAUUAAAAAGAACAAAAUGAGAACAAAAGUAUAUAUACACAAAGAAAAAAUAAAUAACAUAAAACAAAGCAAAGAUAUCAACAGAACAUAACUGAUACAGAAAAAUAUUGGUGAUGAUAAAAUUAUGGUUGGCACAUAAUUAUAAAAAUAUAGAUGAACAAAAUAAUGAAUGGAAAUUGGGCAUGCACAAAAAAGCCAGAAAAAGGCUUGUUAAAACGCACAUACCAAAGAAAUAUCAAUCGUUAAAAAUAAAAUUCAGUAUAUGGUAUGGAUACGACAAGUACCAAAGAAUAGAGAUAAGAAUAAUCAUUUAUUUAAAACAAAAAAAAACUAAAUUUGAGGAUCCUUUAUAGAUUUGCUAUUGCCCAAUAGCCUGAUAAAAGUUCCUUUACAGUUAGAAUUGUUCAGAGGUGGUAUUAACAUAUAUAUUUUUACAUGUUUGUACUGAAAUAUGUUUAAAUUGCAAGAAUGAAGAGGUGCUGUUGUGGAUGGAGGUUUUGGUCGUGAAGUUACUACCUGAGUCACCCAUUUCCGUGAUCAUUAUAUGAGAUAAGUCAAAAGAAAAGAUGCUUUGUGGGAUAGACGACUUUUAAGGCAUUGUUCUGAAUGAGCUCUAACUUACGAUAAGGUACUCUUUUUUUCAAACUGCCAAUUUCUUCCGAACACAAUUCUGCUUAUUCUAGUUCAUAUUUUAAAAGUUUGAAGGAACAAAAGUGAUAUGGAUUAAAAAAAUCAAACUGAUGAGACAGACAAGAACUUUUCUUCUCUACUCAAAACCUGUUUAUCAUUAUUGGGCCCAAGAAAUUAGAGGACCCCUUUGCUAAAGUUUAAAUAAACCAUUAAUCUGCCUCUCAUUGCAUGACACACCAAUACACCCUGUACAGUCCAGUGAACCAUGUGUAGUCUCUGGGUUAUUUAUUUCUGAACGGUGUCAAACUCCCCAUGAAAAAACUCAGUAAUCUGCCGAUUAUUCUUAAAUUGGUCGAUAGAUAUACGACUCUUGAAUUUUCCUAUUUGAGAGGAAAAAAAAUUUAACUUAUUUUUAAUACUAACGAAAUUAUAGGAAUCGACAUACUCCAAGCAACCACCCAAAACCAUCUGCUCUUGCCUCUAGCUGCAAUUUCAGAGCACUCUCAGAGAAAAUCCGUGAAUCAUGAGUGCUGCCAGGCCACCAUUGCCAAGAUACUUAUCUUUCCAGCAUUAUCACACGCAACCUAAUCACAGUAUACAGAGAAAUGUCAAUAUGAGAAAGAAAAAUAACACAUGGUAAAAUGAUUUUGUGAAUCAUUUUCCUUAUGCUCCUGUUUUCCUCACAAUUUCUUUAUCAUCCUUUCACAUCAACAUAUAUUUCUUCUUAACAAUGAAUAAAAUUAAUGAGACAUAUCAAAUGAAACUCAACGUCACACCAAAGGUACUUCAAGACUAAUUCUUAGUAGUUUCGUAGUAUAUUAUUACUAAAUACCGAAGGUGAGUUGACCUCCUUGAUAAAGACCUAUCAUCAAUCACAUACAUAAAAACAUUUUCCAAUCUUUGUUGAGACAGGACAUACCUCUUAUCCUGGUAUGGGAGCAUUUUGACCAACAUUCUGUAUGGUUCAUUUAUUUAUUCUUUCACAACAUUUUUCCAUAACAUAAGUUAACAACAUCAUAAUAUAUAAAAUACUUUCUUAAGUACUUCGAUUGUAGCACACACUUAAAAUCUAUAAAGAAAGAUGAGAUCAUAUUCAAAAUAUAAACAUGUAUGUCUCAAAAGAGGAGGGGGCCUUCAAGAAGCUGAGCUUGUCAAAGCAAGGUUCCCCAAAAGAGAUACAAAGCAUGAAAUUUUAACUAGUUUAAGAGAGAUUAAAGGUAAAAGUUACUCAGAAAAGAAAACAAAACUGCAUAAAGUUAUGUGAGGGGUGAGGUAAUAUUUACAAAGGAGAUUUUGAUAUCUACAAAGGGAAAAGGUAAGCAGGGGGAUGAAGGAUGGAGAGGGAGAGAAAAGUGGACACAAAACAAAGGAACAAGAAAAGUGAUAGGCUUAGAAAAGGUCCCUUGCCUAGUUCCAGUUAGGGGAUAGGAAGAUCUAUAGAAAGAAAAGGAGUGAGAUAGAGAAAGGGAAAACAAACAAAGUCACAAGAGGAAAGUGGGAAGGUUGGUUAAAAGAAUAUUGAAGGGGCAGCCUGGAAAAAGAGGGGAUAGACAACAGAGAUAAAAAAUAAUAAUAAUUAAGAAACAGGUCAUAUGACGUCAUAUUUACAUUAAAUAUUGUCAACAUAAUUACUCAGUAUAAGUAAUUUCAGUUUGCGUUUUAAAAAACAGAGACACUGACAGAACAAGUUACAUCAAUAGGAAGCGAAUUCCAAUACUUGGGACCAGUAUUAAGCGAGUGUUUUAAGAGCAAAGGCGGUUCUUAUGCGUGGCACAUGAAGUGCAGUUGCCUGCCUAGUAUUAUAACUGUCAACUUGAUUGUUCUUUCUAAACAUUUGUACUAAUGCAUUCUGGAGUGUACCACUUUCAUGAUCAUACAUGAGUAAACCUAACUGUAGAAGAUAGAUAUCUUCUACCUUUAGUAGUUUAUUACUAUAGAACAAAACAUUAGUGUGUGCACGGUAAUCUGCAUUGAAAACAAUCCUUACCACCCUUUUUUGAGUGACAAGUAUCUUUUCUAGUUGAGUUUCAAGUGACUUACUCCAUGCCAAAACUCCGUAAUGAAGAUAGGCAGAAUUAGAGUUGAAUACAAAAUAAGAAAAAUUUAUUGUGGGACAAAAUGUCUUAACUUAUAAAUUACACCAGAAUUUCUAGACAAAACUUUACAAAUAUUAUAGCAGUGAUAUUUCCAACUUAAAUUCUCAUCAAUGUGUAAACCAAGAAACUUAGUGGAAGUUACUCCGACAAUGUUUAUUGUUAUCAACAAGUAAAUGCCCUGGUAAGUAUGUUAGGGUAUUAUUAAAAGCAUAUAAUUUGUCUUUUGACGAUUCAAAGACAACUUGCAUGCAUCCACAAAAUGACAUUUUUCAACUCUUUAUUAUUUGUUUCUAGCAAAACUUCAGGAUCUUUAUGAGAAAAAAAAUACACUCGAAUCACCCGC